AUGCAGGGCAUUGACUACAGCCAGCCAUUGCCCAAGGGCAGUGUCCUUCAGCUGGAUGGUACUCCUGCCACACCCUGCGCUGCCUUCUUCUACUCCCUCAAUGGGGACACCUGUGCAUCCAUCACCCCAGCGCUCAGCCUUAAUGAGGCACGUCUCGCUGAGCUCAACCCCGGCCUUGACUGCUCCAAGCCCAUCAAGGCGGGCCGCUCCGUGUGCCUUGAGCACAGUGCUGCCUUCGCAUUCACCGUGCCUGAGUGUGUGAGAUACGGCACACUCACACCUCAAGACACGUGCGACCGGCUGCUUCAGAGGACCGGCACUUCACAAGGGGGUGCAAUUGGGGAUGCGUGGGCUGCGCUGUACCGCAACAAUCCCGACCUCACUUGCUCCGCCACCAUCCCUUCCUCUGCCUCCGCUAUCGGCAGCAACAUUGGUGUACAGGUGAGGACUGUAAGGGCUGGGGUUAGCGGCCUUGGGGAUGGGGGGAGCAAGGAAUAG